UCGCAGGGCUAAAGUAUGGCGGACACCGGUGUGGCGGAGACGCUCCUCCGGUGGGUUGAGAAGGCGGGCGUCGGAGCCGUGAAGAGUCUUCAGACUCUCGGCGACGUGAUCUCCGCCGAACUGCGCUCCUCCAAGCACUGGGAGCUGACGGGGGAGGGCACAGAGAUAGCCGAGCAGGGCAGCCAUGAAGCCCGGGUGUUCAGCUCCAUCCCGCUGGAGGGUCUGGCCCAGAGCGAGCUCAUGAAACUGUCCUUUGGGAAGAUCGGCUUCAGCAAGGCCAUGUCCAACAAGUGGAUCCGAGUGGACAAGGCGCAUGAGGGCGGGCCGAGGAUCUUCAGGACUGUGGAGAAUAUUGAGGACCAGGUCCGAGAGAAGCUGCUUCUGGUGCAGAGGGGCAACAGCUGUGAGCUGGAGGAGAAAGAAAAGAAUGAGCUGAAGAAGAGACGACUGCUCUCUGAAGUGACGGUGAAGUCUUACUGGAUCACUAAGGGCAGCUCCUUCAGCACCACUGUCACCAAGCAGGAGACGGAGCUCACGCCUGAGAUGAUUGCCACUGGCAGCUGGAAAGAGAAGACAUUUAAGCCGUACAACUUUGAGGCCAUGGGUGUGGCCCUGGACUGUGGCCACCUGCACCCACUGAUGAAGGUGCGAACGCAGUUCAGACAGAUCUUCCUGGAGAUGGGCUUCACCGAGAUGCCCACCAACAACUUCAUAGAGAGCUCUUUCUGGAACUUCGACUCCCUGUUCCAGCCCCAGCAGCACCCGGCUAGAGACCAGCAUGACACCUUCUUCCUGUCCGACCCGGCGCUUGCUCACGAGUUCCCGCAGGACUACCUGCAGAGAGUGAAGAGGGUCCACUCCGAGGGAGGCUUCGGUUCUCAGGGGUACAAAUACGACUGGAAGACAGAGGAAGCUCAGAAGAACAUCCUGCGCACCCACACUACAGCAGUCAGUGCACGCAUGCUGUACAAGGUCGCACAGCAGGAGAAGUUCACCCCCGUCAAGUAUUUCUCCAUCGACCGCGUGUUCAGGAACGAGACCUUGGAUGCGACUCACCUGGCCGAGUUCCACCAGAUCGAGGGCGUGGUGGCGGACUACGGGCUGACGCUGGGAGACCUCAUGGGGGUCCUGCACCAGUUCUUCACCAAACUAGGAAUCACCAAACUACGCUUCAAGCCUGCCUACAACCCGUACACUGAGCCCAGCAUGGAGGUGUUCAGCUACCAUGAAGGACUGAAGAAGUGGGUUGAGGUGGGAAACUCGGGGGUGUUCAGGCCAGAGAUGCUGCUGCCCAUGGGUCUUCCUGAGGAUGUGUCGGUGAUCGCCUGGGGCCUCAGUCUGGAAAGACCCACCAUGAUCAAAUACGGCAUCAACAACAUCAGAGAGCUGGUGGGACACAAGGUGAACCUGCAGAUGGUCUACGACAGCCCCAUAUGUCGACUGGACUCCUGAGGUCCACCCCGACUUCAGUGUUGUUGUUAUUCAUAUGUUACCAUGUACGUUCUUCUGAACUAAGCUUGACCAGUAAAACCAGUGACUGUUUGGAUUCAGACAACACAAUGAACUUGGCGUUCAUCAGUGUGAGUCCCGACUCUGUUACUCUGUUACGGCUCCUCGACCUGCUUGUACAGGAAGACACACCGCUUUUGGAAUAAGAACAAAUAAAAACAUUUCAGGAUA